UAGGCUUGUUGCUGAUAACUAUUUCGAGUGUGGUUAAGCAUAUAUUUGGCAGUGGUUUCUUCUAUAUUUAGAUGUGACAUUUAUAAAAAGGUAUCUCAUUUUAAAAUCUCAGCUUCUUAGUGUGUCACAUUCACUAUCUUCUAGUAGUUUACAUUUGAAACGGAUUUGUGGCCUUAUUUCAAUAAUACCAUUUUCUAAACAGGACUUUUAUUUUCUUUCCAAUACAAAUUUUGUUAAUGCAGUUGCGUGUUUGAUAAAUUAUUGAGAAUUGUAUUAAAAGAAGAGUAACAUUUUAUACUUACAGUGCUAUUUAAGUGCAGUAUUAAUGAUAAACUGUCGUGCAAAACAUUGCAACUUUCAUUUUCAGUAUGCGGUAAUCAGGCUCCUAAACCAUCCCAGACAUGGAAAAGGAAGAGUUCAUCAAACCAUCAAGCCCUCAAACACCGGAAGUGGUCACCUACAAUUUCGAUACCAAUGGUGGACAUGCAAAAAGUACAAAGGACGAUUCCAGGAUCAGGAUUAAAAUAUGGCGGGUAUUUCCAUCGAUUUGCUGUCUGUUGAUAAACAUUCCGUUUGGGAUGAUGUUGGCGUGGCCUUCACCGACUUAUCCCCGGUAUUUGUCACCAUCAUCACCAAUACCCAUAACAUUGGAUCAAUCUGCUAUGAUUGCUGGCUUUUUGAUGAUCGGCUUAACAUUAGGGACACCAUUGUCAUCAAUCCGUUGCAUCGGCGUGAAAAAUUCGAUGAUCUUGGGUUGUCUGCUCAUGUCAAUCGGUUGGAUAGUCAUGUGGCAAGCUUCAAAUAUUUAUGUCGUACUUGCUAGUAGAUUGAUUACUGGGUUCGGAUUCGGGUUUUGCCAAGCCAAAAUCAAAAUUUACAUUAACGACAUGUCCAGACAGGAACACACGAAAAUCCUCAUUGGUUUAAACAUGCCUUUCAUUUGCAUCGGUGCCAUAAUAAUUUAUAGUUACGGGCCUUUUGUGACACUAAAAGACGUCAGUAUUAUUGCUGCAAUCAUUUCAGUCAGCAUUUUUAGUCUUGUAGUAUUUUUGCCGAACACUCCAAAAGAAUUUCUUCAAAGGGAAAAUUUAAAAUUUGCCUCGGAAGUGUUACAAUCCGUAAAUCCGAAGAUUAGUGUGCAAGAUCAGGUUAUUAAAAUGAAAAUGGAGCUGAGUGCCGGUGAUUUAUCUAUAGGUUAUCUGGGAAUAUUUAAGGAUUCACAUUUAAGGUGUGAAUUUGGAAAAAUUGGACUGUUGACAUUCUUCCUACAAUUUACGGGUAUUACUCCUACUAUUAUUUACAACAUGUACAUUUUUAUGUAUAUUCAAGUCUCGAAUCCUGAGUAUUUCUCGAUUUUGUACAUGGUUACGUAUUUCUUCGCCAAUUUAUUUGGUAUUUUUGUGUCUACAAAGUAUAAUAAACGUACUAUGCUAUUACUGUCGAAUAUAUUGGUAACAACAUCAAUUGUACUGAAUAUACUCGUACUAAAGUUACAAAUAAACCAGAAGUAUUUUGAAUACACAUCUGUGAUAGUGAUGCUGUUUUACAACAUAUCACAUGCCAUAGGUUUAGGAAACUUGCCUGUGACUCUGAUAAAUGACAAUUUUCCUGCAAACUGCAGGAAAACAGUAACACAGUUCUAUGUGAUGCUACAUUCCAUGUGUGCUCUAUUGAUAACUAAAAUUUUUCAAGUUUUGAUUGGCAUGUUUGGUUUGCAGGAGUGUUUUUAUCUAUUUUUGACUGUCAGUGUUUGUUCUUUAAUCUUUAUUACCUGUGUUCUUACAGAUAAGAAAGAUGAAGAGCGGAAUGAAGUAAACGGAACAAAAUGAUUGUAUUUAUUUAUGCGGUUUUUUUUAAUAAAGCUGUAUUUAUUUUGUUAUUA